CCCUCCCUCCCUCUGCCGAUUGCUGCCGAAGACGACGGUCGAGGAAACUUCCAACCACUCGACGACAGAAACACAAAGUGAUUGCAAACAUGUCGAGGACAUUGAUGGGUAGGACCCUGAGGGGUGCCAAGGCGUCGUCGGUAUGGGAGCAACAGGCGUGCAUCACCCAGCAGCAGCGGAGCUUCAGCCAGACGCCGUCUCGUCAGAAUCCCCAAGUCAUCUUCGACAAGACGACGUCGCCCGGCCUCGGCCCGAUUCUCGAAGAGAUCCAGUCCAACAUCAUCCUCCCCUACCACCUCCCCAUCCACCAGCGCAAGCGCGUCUUCUCCGAGAAGCUCAAGCACCGCCUCAAGAGCGACCCCGUAUACCUCGAGAUCGACGGCCUCGAGCACCGCUUCUCCUACAUCAACAAGGAGACGCUGCCGCCCUCGCGCGAGCUCACCUGGAAGGCCCUGCGGGCCAUGCAGACGCCUCAGGACUGGAACAACUUUGCGCGGCUGCUGUCGGGCAUGCGCAACGCUGGCCGCCGCUACAGCCAGGCCGACUACGCCAAGAUGAUCCGCAUCGCCGGCGCGCAAGGCCAGAUCUACACCAUCAUCGACGCUGCGCGGCAGGUACGCAAGACGGGCCUGCGGCUCGACAACUCGGAAAAGGUCAACACGGUGCUGCACUUUGUGCAGAUGCGCGCCGUGGAGAGCGGCUGGGACAAGGAAAUCACGGAGCAGGCGCUGCGGUGGACCGAGAUGGUGCUCGAGAUGCUUGAGGACCCUAACCACGCGCUCAGCGACCAGAAGGGCAAGAGCUGGUCCGUGCAGUCCGGGCGUGCAAGAGACCCGCAGAUCCUGGGCGCGGCGCUGCACCUCUCGGCGGCGCUGGCUGUCAAGCACAAUGGUGGCAAGGACAUUGACGGCAAGGUCGCAAAGUACGCGACGAAGGUCGCCGAGCGAUGGCCCGCCUCCAAGGGCCUGCUGAAGCUGCGUCAGGUGGGUGUGUACGAGGACGACGAGAAUGGCUUGGCGUACCUGGCGAAGAGCCGGACGCAGUACCUCUCGUGUGCGAGCCCGAUCCUGCACGGCCUGUUCAUGGCCAGCCGCGUGGUUGAGCAGCCGUUGGCCGAGAAGUUGCGCGCGAUCUCGAAGACGCUCGCUGCCGAGGUCAAGGUUGCGGUGGAGUGGCAGACCGCCCCUGCCGAGCGCGGCCUCAACACCUACAAGGCCUUGUUCCAGAAUUAACAGAUGUCUUUUGGUUUUUGUCAAAGAGAAAGACAAGGUGGCUGCCAUCAUGUAUAAGACAGCGGAGAGAAGCACAGGGGCGGAAAGAAAAAGGGGAUCAGACAGGGCCCUAGAAAGGGGGCUAUGUACAGUUGAUAUGUAAGAUUAUCUAUGUAUACAAGCAUCAAGACAUACACACACCUACACCCACACACAACACC